UUGAGCGUCCUCGUCGUUGCUGCAACGAUGGCAAGCGCUAGUGCUAAACAAGCGCCUAAAAUUACCUCUAAAGCAUCUGCGGGAGGCACCGGGGCGGCGGGGGUUACCGGUGGGCCCCCGAUAAUGCCCCUCGCCUCUCCGCUCAUGGGAAAAAAGAAGAAGCCGUUCCUGGGGAUGCCCGCUCCGCUGGGCUACGUUCCCGGUCUCGGCAGAGGUGCAACUGGUUUCACCACCCGAUCUGAUAUUGGCCCUGCUCGGGAUGCCAAUGAUCCAGUGGAUGACCGACAUGCACCCCCAGGGAAGAGGACAGUUGGGGACCAAAUGAAAAAGAACCAGGACGAUGAUGAUGAAGAUCUGAACGACACCAAUUAUGAUGAGUUUAAUGGAUAUGCUGGUAGCUUGUUCUCCAGUGGGCCCUAUGAGAAAGACGAUGAAGAAGCGGAUGCUAUAUAUGCAGCCUUGGAUAAAAGGAUGGAUGAAAGACGCAAAGAAAGAAGGGAGCUGAGAGAAAAGGAGGAAAUAGAGAAAUAUCGUAUGGAGCGACCCAAAAUCCAGCAGCAGUUUUCAGAUCUAAAGAGGAAGUUGGCAGAGGUGUCAGAAGAAGAGUGGCUGAGCAUCCCUGAGGUGGGAGAUGCAAGGAACAAACGCCAGAGGAAUCCUCGCUAUGAAAAACUCACCCCUGUCCCAGACAGCUUCUUCUCCAAACAUCUGCAGACCGGAGAGAACCACACCACUGUUGACCCUCUGCAAGGGCUGGGAGGUCUGAACACCCCUUAUCCAGGAAGUAUGACCCCUGGUCUGAUGACACCAGGGACAGGAGAGCUGGACAUGAGGAAAAUUGGUCAGGCCAGGAACACACUCAUGGACAUGAGGCUUAGUCAGGUGUCUGACUCGGUGAGUGGACAGACAGUGGUGGAUCCUAAGGGUUACCUGACAGAUCUCAACUCAAUGAUCCCCACACAUGGAGGGGACAUCAGUGACAUCAAGAAGGCUCGCCUUUUGCUGAAAUCAGUGAGGGAGACCAAUCCCCAUCACCCGCCUGCCUGGAUUGCCUCUGCCAGGCUGGAGGAAGUGACUGGUAAACUGCAGGUGGCAAGGAACCUGAUCAUGAAAGGCACCGAGAUGUGUCCUAAGAGUGAGGAUGUGUGGCUGGAGGCAGCCCGACUUCAGCCUGGUGACACAGCUAAAGCCGUGGUAGCCCAGGCUGUCCGCCACCUGCCACAGUCCGUCCGCAUCUACAUCAGAGCUGCAGAGCUGGAGACAGACGUCAGGGCCAAGAAACGAGUCCUCAGGAAGGCCCUGGAGAAUGUGUCCAAGUCAGUUCGACUGUGGAAGACAGCUGUUGAGCUGGAGGAGCCAGAGGAUGCCAGAAUCAUGCUUAGCCGAGCUGUGGAGUGUUGUCCUACCAGUGUGGAGCUGUGGCUGGCACUGGCUCGGUUAGAGACAUAUGAGAAUGCCCGUCGUGUCCUGAACAAAGCUCGUGAGAACAUUCCCACUGAUCGUCAUAUCUGGAUCACUGCUGCCAAGUUGGAGGAGGCCAAUGGCAACACUCAGAUGGUGGACAAGAUCAUUGACAGAGCCAUCACUUCUCUACACGCCAACGGCGUGGAGAUCAACAGAGAGCAAUGGAUACAGGAUGCAGAGGAGUGUGACAAAGCAGGCAGUGUCGCUACCUGCCAGGCCGUGAUAAGGGCCGUCAUAGGGAUUGGCAUUGAGGAGGAGGAUCGUAAACACACCUGGAUGGAGGAUGCAGAGAGUUGUGUGGCGCAUGGAGCGCUGGAGUGUGCCAGGGCCAUUUAUGCCCAUGCCCUGCAGGUGUUCCCCAGUAAAAAAAGUGUCUGGCUCAGAGCUGCCUACUUUGAGAAGAACCAUGGCACCAGGGAGUCUUUGGAGGCCCUGCUCCAGAGGGCCGUCGCUCAUUGUCCCAAGGCAGAGGUCCUUUGGCUGAUGGGGGCCAAGUCCAAGUGGCUGGCUGAGGAUGUGCCUGCAGCCAGAAGUAUCCUCGCUCUGGCCUUCCAGGCUAACCCUAACAGUGAAGAGAUCUGGCUUGCUGCUGUCAAACUGGAAUCAGAGAACAAUGAGUAUGAAAGAGCCCGCCGACUGCUGGCCAAGGCCCGCAGCAGUGCCCCCACAGCUAGGGUAUUUAUGAAGUCAGUGAAGUUGGAGUGGGUGUUGGGAAAUAUAGAAGCUGCCCAGGAGUUGUGCACCGAGGCCCUGAAACACUACGAGGACUUCCCAAAACUUUGGAUGAUGAGAGGCCAGAUAGAGGAGCAGUGUGAAAACAUGGACAAGGCCAGAGAGGCCUACAACCAAGGGUUGAAAAAGUGUCCACACUCGGUGGCACUGUGGUUGUUGCUCUCUCAUCUUGAAGAGAGAGUGGGACAGCUGACCAGAGCCAGAGCGAUCCUGGAGAAGGCACGACUCAAGAACCCCCAGAGCCCUGAGCUAUGGUUGGAGUCGGUUAGGCUGGAGUUCAGGGCUGGUCUGAAGAACAUCGCCAACACACUGAUGGCCAAAGCCCUGCAGGAGUGCCCCAAUUCAGGUAUCCUGUGGGCUGAGGCUGUGUUUCUGGAGGCCAGGCCCCAGAGGAAGACUAAGAGUGUGGACGCUUUGAAGAAGUGUGAACAUGAUCCACACGUCCUGCUCGCUGUUGCCAAGUUGUUUUGGAGUGAACGUAAGAUCACCAAAGCCAGAGAGUGGUUCCUCAGGACAGUAAAGAUCGAGCCAGACCUAGGAGAUGCUUGGGCUCUCUUCUACAAGUUUGAGCUGCAACAUGGCACAGAGGAACAGCAGGAAGAGGUGCGAAAGCGCUGUGAAAAUGCGGAGCCCCGCCAUGGCGAGCUGUGGUGUGCCGAGUCCAAACACGUCCUGAACUGGCAGAAGAAGACAGGAGAGAUCUUAGCGCUGGUAGCCAGCAAGAUCAAGAACACAUUCUGAAACUGGGGAAAUUUUGGACUGGGACUGAAAACACCUGGAUGACUGGCAGUCACAAGUCUCACAGGGAACAGCUAUGGACGCACUCAACUGUGUUUUUCUAUCUGGACUUGGCAUUCUCUGGAACAUACAAAGUAUUCACACAUAACUUUUUAUUGUUUUACAAACUUAAAUUAGAAUUGUACUUGGCAACAAAAAAUGUGAUUUAAUGUCAAAGGGAAAGUGAAAGUAGCAAUAUAAAAUUCAAAAUCAUUCCUUACAUGUAGCAGCAGCAAUUAAAACAUUGGGUUUUGUAGUUUCCGGUCAUUGAACAACAUUUUCCAUGUCCUCCAGAAGGACUGAGGUUUGGACUCAGCCACUUCAGGGCAUUCAUGUUAGUGUUUUUUAGCUUGUGUAGCUUUGUCUUUAUUUUUGAGGUCUUUGUCUUGUUGGCAAGUAAACCUUCUCCCGAGUCUUCCUGCAGACUGCUGCAGGUCACCCUUUGGGAUUUCUUUGCAUUUCGCUACAGUCAUUGUACCCUCAACCUUUAGAAGCAGGACCUGCCUACAGUAUGAUAAUGUUAUCACCAUGCAUCAUGGUGGAGACUGUGUUUUAUGGCAAUGGGAAUUGUUUUGUUUACCCAAACAGAACAUGGGUUAGUAUAAAAGUGUCCCUCUUUUGUUCCAGUCUCCCACUUGCCUUCAGGCAGUUAGUCGAGGUUUCUACAUGUUUACUUGCUGAACAACCUGUCGAUUGUGGUAGGCAUAAGCAGCAUGUGCCAGUUGUGUUGGAUUCAAAUGCAGUAAAAACCACGCCCCACCAGCACAUACUGUCCCUGUCAUCAGGUUUUUGGAGUUCACACAUGUGAUCGCCAUGCCAUUAUAUUAAUCUGAUAAUAAUUUGAUGCACUUGUAAUGAUUUAAGUGUGUCAUGGUAAAGUGGGUUAAAGGUUACAGGCAGUCCUUUAUUCUGUUCAAUGUUUUUACAAAAUGUGGAUUCAUUUGUUCAUCUCUUUUCACUUUGACAUUUGUCUCUUUUUCUGCUGUUGUCAAAAUUCAAAUUACAGUCACUGUGGUUGUGUGAAAAUUGUGUAAAAAUAAACAUGAAAAAGAGAAAGCAGAAAUGGAAAUGAAUACUUUCAGCAGACACUGUAAGAGAGAAAUAUACGUCUCUGUCUGGACAGAAUGCGGAUAUGUAAAAGGUGCAGAUUUGGCUCUGUCUGUUCAACAAGAUGGGACAGUGUAUAUAAACUCCUUGUCAGGAAUUAUUACAUGAUUUCUCAUGUUGGUGAUAACAAUCUGCUUUUUUUUACACAGAUGGCUUGAAUGUGUUUAAAAACACUUUGUAAGAAUCCAAUAAACAAAUA